UGCAUAACGUUACAUCUAUUAAUAACACGGAUAUAUAUUGGACGAAGGCAGUGACCUUUCAUUGCUAUGAAUAGCAAGAGGUGAAGGACGCACCGUGUUUUCGUAAAGUCGAACAACAACAACAACAGUAAACUGUUUUAAUUUGGCACACGUGAGCUAUAGUUAAGAAUGAUGCAGUGCAUAUGCCGGAGAGUUCCUUCAUCAAUUUGUAUUGAAAUCAACAGGAGUCAGGCAGCAUGUGCAGAUUUAACUUCUAUAUCCAGACUGGCAAAAAGUGAACUAGUUUUCCAAAGAUUUCAUCAUUCUGUUAAAAGGCCUGAAAGUUCAACAAGGCUCAGAUUCAACAAAAAUAAUGUCUAUGUCAGCACGCAUUCUAAUUUAUCAACUUUUGCAACUCUUUCAAAAAGCAGCAUUACACAAGAAGAUGAAGAAUAUGUAAAAGACUUGUACCAAGGUGUUAUAGACGGCAAGAGAGGGAGUUUGGCAAAAGCUAUCACUCUUGUCGAGUCAACUCACCCAAAGAAACAAGAACAAGCUCAAGUCCUUUUAGGGGAUGUACUAAAAUAUAAUAAAGAAAGGGAACAAAGAGCAGGGGUACAGAAUUAUACCUUUAGAAUAGGAUUGUCUGGCCCACCUGGUGCGGGAAAAAGCACUUUUAUUGAGGCAUUUGGGAAGUUCCUCACUAAACAAGGUCACAAAGUGGCUGUGUUAGCUGUAGACCCAUCAUCCUCCCAGACUGGAGGUUCUUUACUUGGUGAUAAAACUCGGAUGCCAGAGCUUUCCUGUGACCCCAAUGCCUACAUACGACCUUCUCCUUCCAAGGGGUCACUAGGUGGUGUUACCAGGACAACCAAUGAGGCUAUCGUUGUGUGUGAGGCAGCUGGCUAUAACAUCAUUUUGGUGGAAACUUGUCGGCAAAAGGUGAGAAAUUUUGUCUUUGAUACUUCACCAUCCCGCUUCGCCAGGCUGCUCCGGAUACUGUGCGGGGUAGGUCAGUCUGAGUUUGUGGUAUCUGACAUGGUGGACAUGUUCUGUCUCCUCAUUCCUCCUGCCGGUGGGGAUGAACUGCAGGGCAUAAAGAAAGGCAUAGUAGAGGUAGCAGACAUUGUAGUUGUAAACAAGUGUGAUGGCGACCUCAUUCCUGCAGCCAACCGCAUACAGAUGGAGUAUAUCAGCGCUGUCAAGUACAUGAGGCCGCGCUCUGAAGUAUGGAAACCACAGGUUCUAAGGAUCUCCUCUCUGACCAAGGAGGGCAUUCCUGAAUUGUGGAAAAACAUGCUUGAUUUCAAAACCAGCGCUGCAAUGGCGGGGGAAUUUACCACGAAGAGAAAACGCCAGCAUAAGGUCUGGAUGUGGAACUAUAUACGUGACCAUAUUAUGGAGCUUUUUAUGAAACAUCAGCUAGUAAGGGAAAUGAUUGAGGAGGUGGAGUCAAAAGUUCAGAAAGGGGAAGUAACUCCUGGGAAAGGAGCUGAUGAACUUUUGGGGCGAUUUGUUAAAGAUGUUUAAAAAUAAAAGUUCAUAUAGUUGACUUUCAGUUUGGAAUUUGUUCACAUCUGUAACAAUAACAUUAUGAAAGAUUAUUGAUUUUUUAAAUAUCUCUAUGUGUUUAAUUAAUAUAUAAACACAUUUUUAUUAAUUUUGUUUAAUGAAAUAGUUAGAAUAUUUGGUUUUAAAAUCAGAUUUUGUUAUUUACAUUUUUGUGUCUUGUCAUAGAUAUACAUUGUUAUUUUAUAUUAAAUAGUUUUCAAGAA